AUGACGCCCGUCCAGACAUCCUCAGCCCCCACGAAAGUGGAGAGCGUGCCACUCGCAAGUUCCAAACGCAAGCUGGACGAGGAUCAAUUCUUCAACAACAGCAAUGUAAAGUGGCUGGGAGGCUCAGACAAGCCGCCGUACACAAAGGCGAGCACAUACUCGGGCGCAGUUGCUGAUAGGGAGCGUUUCUUGAGAGAGACAAACGGUUUGACUGCUCUUCAAAAGCAUUGCGUGUACUUCGAUGGGGACGCGGAUGGCAUCAUCUGGCCUACCGACACCUUCUUCGGCUUUUACGCACUCGGUUUCGGACUGAUCCUCUCCCUCCUAGCGGUCGGCAUCAUUCACGGGCCAUUUUCGUACCCCACAAUUCCCUACACCGGGGCAAGGUGGAGAGACUACCUUCCCGAUCCCUUCUUUCGCAUCUGGAUCGCAAACAUCCACCGCAACAAGCACGGUUCGGACAGCGAGUCCUACAACCGCAAGGGCGAACUGCAGAGGCAAAGAUUCGACGACAUUUUUGAUCUCUACUCGACCGCCCCAAACAAGGAUGGCUUGUCCUUCAACGACUUGGUCGUCAUGAUCACCACCCGAAGAAACCUCAUGGAUCCGUUUGGCUGGUUCGCCAUGGCCUUUGAGUGGGGCAGCACUUACCUCCUGCUGUGGCCUUCGGACGGAAUCGUCAAGAAGGAUGACGUCCACGGCAUCAUCGAUGGCAGCCUCUUCACCUCUAUCGCAGCGCGCCGUCGUGAAGGUCUUGGUGCCUUUCAUGCCAGAGAAAGGAAGCAAAUCUAG